UUUGCUGCAGUAAAGAAACAUGAGAGAAUGACACAGACAAAGGCAGAGGAACACAAACAGUAGAGCCUAGAGCGCCUACGACGUUGUAAGCCUUUCCUGCACACACCACGUGCUUCCAUCGUCCUGACCCCGCCGGCUGCUCUGAGGGCUGGUGUCGGGGUGAGCCGUGGGGGUGCACAGGCGCUCCUCCAUCCGUUCCCUUAGUGCCCGUGUCCCCUCGGUCAGGAGAGCACCCCGGCGGGCUCGGGCACAGGCCCGGGUGGGCGGCCGUGGACGUGCGAGCAAGAUUCUGUGUUGAGUCGUAACGUCGAGACCUUCGUAGAUGUACGUGCGGUCGAGAGAGAACUCGGAGCCUCCCUGUGCUUGGCCUGGUUUCCCCAGCAUAAUACUUUGCAAAACUGGUCACCAUCACAGCCAGGAUGGCGGCCUGGAGGUCACCCUCUGCUCCCAUUCACAUCCGACCAGUCACCCGUGGGAGGCGCUCCGGGCUGGUGUGGGUUUGGGCUGUUCCCAGGAAGCAGGAGCUCGUGGGCAGGUUUCGUGUGGACAUGAGUCUUCGUGUCUCCGGGAUGGAUGCCCGGGAGAGCCCUUGCCCAGUCGGGUGGGGGUCGUAGCUGCUGUCCCCAGCGGCCACACCAUCUCGCGUUCUGCGGGGAGGAGAAAGUGCAGAAGGACUCGCUGAGGCCAGAGGCCAUGCGGUACCUGGAGCGACUGAUCAAGCUGGGCAGGAGGAACGGGCUGCACCUGCCCGAGGAGACUCAGCAGAAAAUCAAGAGCAUCAAGAAGAAGCUGAGUCUUCUGUGCAUCGACUUCAACAAGAACCUGAACGAGGACACGACCUUCCUGCCACUCACGCGCGAGGAGCUGGGAGGCCUGCCGGAGGACUUUUUGAACUCUCUGGAGAAGAUUGGGGAUGACAAGUUGAAAGUCACCCUCAAGUACCCACAUUAUUUUCCUCUCCUGAAGAAGUGCCAUGUGCCCGAGACCAGGAGGAAGGUGGAGGAGGCCUUCAACUGUCGCUGCAAGCAGGAGAACUGUGCCAUCCUCAGAGAGCUGGUGACCCUCCGGGCCCAGAAGUCCAGCCUGCUGGGGUUCAGCACGCACGCCGACUACGUCCUGGAGAUGAACAUGGCCAAGAGUAGCUGGGCGGUGGCCACUUUCCUAGAUGAGCUGGCCCAGAAGCUGAAGCCCCUUGGGGAGCAGGAGCGGGCCGUGAUCCUGGAGCUGAAGAAGGCCGAGUGCGAGAGGCGGGGCCUGGAGUUCGACGGGCGCAUCAACGCCUGGGACAUGCGCUACUACAUGAACCAGGUGGAGGAGACGCGCUACAGUGUGGACCAGAACCUGCUCAAGGAGUACUUCCCCAUGCACGUGGUCACCGAGGGCUUGCUCGGCAUCUACCAGGAGCUGCUGGGCCUCACCUUCCACCCGGAGGAGAGUGCCGCAGUGUGGCACGAAGACGUGAAGCUGUACUCCGUGCGGGACUCGGCCUCCGGGAGGCUCAUCGGCAAGUUCUACCUCGAUCUCUACCCAAGGGAGGGCAAGUACGGGCACGCGGCCUGCUUUGGCUUGCAGCCAGGCUGCCUGCGGCACGACGGGACCCGCCAGAUCGCCAUCGCGGCCAUGGUGGCCAACUUCACCAAGCCCACCCCGGAUGCGCCCUCGCUGCUGCAGCACGACGAGGUGGAGACCUACUUCCACGAGUUCGGGCACGUGAUGCACCAGCUCUGCUCUCAGGCGGAGUUUGCCAUGUUCAGCGGGACGCAUGUGGAGCGGGAUUUCGUGGAGGCCCCUUCGCAGAUGCUGGAGAACUGGGUGUGGGAGAAGGAGCCGCUGCUCAGGAUGUCCCAGCACUACAAGACGGGCAGCGCCAUCCCCCAGGAGCUGCUGGAGAAGCUCAUCAAGUCCCGACAGGCCAACACAGGUCUCUUCAACCUGCGCCAGAUCGUCCUGGCCAAGGUGGACCAGGCCCUGCACACCCAGACAGCCGCAGACCCCGCGGAGGAGUACGCCCGCCUCUGCCGGGAGGUCCUCGGGGUCCCAGCCACGCCAGGGACCAACAUGCCUGCAACCUUCGGCCACCUGGCAGGCGGCUAUGACGCCCAGUACUACGGCUACCUGUGGAGCGAGGUGUACUCCAUGGACAUGUUCCACACGCGGUUCAAGCAGGAGGGCGUCCUCAACGGCAAGCAGGUCGGCAUGGACUACAGAAGCUGCAUCCUGCGGCCUGGCGGCUCCCAGGACGCUGGCGUCAUGCUGAAGCUCUUCCUGGGCCGAGACCCCAAGCAGGAUGCCUUCCUCCUGAGCAAAGGGCUGCAGGUGGACAGCAGCGAGCCGCCGGCCUGCUGAGCCCCCGGCACUGCUGAGCCCCCGGCACUGCUGGCCCUGGCCCCGAGCUCAGUGCCCCGCCCCCGGCUCCUGCCACCCUGUUGCCUUAGCUCCCGGGCGGGGCACAGGGUGGCCCGAAGCUCCAGGUGGAGGGUCGGGAUAGGGUGAGGAGAUGGGGUGUUCGUCCUCCCUGUCCAUUCCUCCUGUCUGGUCUCCACAGGGCCCCCCGCCUUGGCGGCUGGCCUGGGCUGAUGGGCUCUUAUCCUCGAGAUGCCUGGAAAGCUCUGUGUCCCGUCAAACCCGCCAGUUCGUUGCACUAAUCCAUCCCUCUCUUGGGAAGUUUUGUGAGUGGAAAGAUGGUGGUUCUUUGAAAUGCAGCCAUUAAAAAAAAAAAAAAAAAAAAGGAAAGAGAAAA